ACGAUCACGGUAUCACCAGCUUCGGAUUCGUCGAUACAUCGCAGCCUGACCAUUUUUCAUCUUUAUCCCAGUUCUUACAACGUCAAACUUUGGAUAUCCAAGGUGUUAUCCCUCACCGCAUUUUCAAGCUAGCUAUGGUCGCUCCCUGCAUCUGUUGUUGACAGCUCGGAGCGGUCAAGCGAUCCCAAAAAAUCACCAUCACCAUCACCUUCACCUUCCUUCACCACCAAAGCCACACCCGAUCGUCGCUUCUAAUCCCCAAAAGUCAUCCCAGGUUUUGAGCACAAUAAGCGCAAGCGCUACUAUGACACGAUCUUCGCACUACCAAAUGCCGGGCGCAUACUGGGACAGUCAAACGACCGGCGUCCACCCCGGCAUCUUUCGACCUCCCAUCUCCUCCUCCUCUGCCGCCUCAUCGAUGCAUCUCGUCCAGUCAGCCGCCAGCCUCGUAUCCGAGAAUGCAUCGUCUGCCAUGCAAGCCAAGCGAAAACGAGACCGAAAAGAGUCGUCACGCGAACAUACACCGUUGCAGGAGUGGUCCGACGCCAACAUGAACAUGAACAUAGACAGUCUAGGCAGUCACACACCCCACCUCGACACUCCUGGGGCGGGAAGACGAGAACGAGCCAUCUCGGGCCGCUACACUCUUGCUGGCCAGCUUGAGACCCCAGGAGGCGGCGGCGGCGGCGGCGGCCUCGAGGACAGUCUGUAUUCCGACAGCGACUACCGGAGGGCUCUUGGAUCCAAGAGACCUUUCGCCGAAGCCGAGUCGCCUGCAAACGGCCACCCGCACUUGCUGGUCAAACCUGACCACCAGGCGGGAUCGAACGAAGGCUGGAGCAAGCUUGCUUUCAAUACCAUCGGUGGUGUUGUGGGGAAGUUCUGGGAGUUUUGCAAGACCGGCGCCUUCAAGGGGUUCUACGCCGGUGGUGGAAAGGGAUACGCGCUGAAUGAUCAUAAUACUAUCAACAGCAACGGUCAACAGGCCGUCCCGACAUGGGAUUCGCGAACAGCCAACGGAGCGAAUAUGCAGGCGGUCCAGAACACAGAUGGAUACUUCCCUUCGUUCAAUCCCUCCUCCGUCACCGAUCAUACCGUUCCGGGCGGAUUCCCGCAGUCCGACUACGCACCCUACAGCCCCGAGUGCUUCGAAAACACGACGCCCGAGUCGACGCCAUCACAGCCGGCCGCGAAGCGCAGACAGCUCGACGAAGGCGACGAGUUGCGGCGGAACUGGAUCGUGGUCGACGAACCGACGUCAACCCGGAAGAAGAACAAUCCGCGACCCAUCUCGCGAAUGUCGGCCCGCACCACCCCUUCGCGAAACUCUCGACCUUCCAUAAAUACAGGCCGACGCAUCAGCGUCCCCGUCUCCCGGCUCAGUUCGAGCGCGGCGGCCGCCGCCGCCGCCUCGCCCCGCCGAACGGCGCACGCGAACCACAACCGCAUCUCCCACGCCGGCUCCCCCGGCCUCAGCCCCCGCGAACCAGCCAGCUUUGCCAGCUUUUCCGGCGCCCGGCUCUCCUUCUCGAGACCGUCGUCCCCGGGACCGCUCUCCCCCAGCCGCAUCCCCGUGCCGUCGCGUCCCGCCGGCAGCGGCAACGGCAGCGGCAACAGCAACGGCAACGGCAGGAGCAGCCUGGGCCCCAAUCCGUUCGCGCGGCCGUCGAGCUCGGCGGACUCGUACCAUCCCCGCAACGGGAGUAGCGAUGCUGCUGCUGCUGGCGCCCCCCAUUUUACCCACCGACGGACGCAGAGCGGCGCCUCGGCGGCGACCUCGCGGGCGCCGCCGAAGCCGCGUGAGGAGGGCAUCCUCCAGGACAGCCCGCGUCUGACGCCCGAGGCGAAGAAGUUGGCGGCGAAACGGAGGCGGGAGGAGCAGAAUGCGGAUAUGCGGAUGAACGAUUUCAAUACACGGCUCCAGGAGAUGAUCCGACAGGGGAAGGAAGCGCUGGGGACGAAGAUUGAGGUGGCUGGGGAUGCUGGGGGGUGGGAAUCCGAGGAUGACUGAGGGGGAGUUUCAUUUUAUUUUUUUUCCCCCUUCUUCUUCACUUCAUGCCCUGUCUCUUUCUUCAUAAUGUCUCCCUCUUUUCUUUCCGGACCAGGCGGGAAAUUGUCUUUUCUCUCAACGGCCUGGAGUUUGGCGCCGCGUGUUGACCAUCUACUGAGUACGGAUGGGAGACUUGGAACGUUAUGACGGGGGGCGACACUCGACGCCGGGAUCAACGCCCCAUGAUUUUACAUCUUCUUCUACUUCACUUCUUCUACUUCACUUCUUCCAUGUCUGAUAUCCCUGACUCUCUGGCUUACAUGGGCGGACAUUGUGGAUUUUCGUCGCUUGAGAUACCUAGUCUUUUUUUAGAGUGAUGUUAUUCCGACUGGCGUCCCGAUGCCGACAGCUAUUAGCUAUUCUACCUGACUACCAUCCUGUCCCUUUCUAUAAGGUAAUGAAAGAAUACGCUGGAUUAAUGGAUCAGACCCGGCU